AUGUCAUGCACGGGUUUACACCCAGCAGGUCAGGCAUUCGCUCUCUAUCUAAGCCAAGUCGGGAGGCGAACAUUCCUCUCUUCAUCACCCUUCUUCCCCUCCGAACUCAGCUACAACAAUGGACUCCUAACCUGCCUGAUAUCUCCGAACUCGAGCAUGAAGACCGGUCGACCUGUUAAGAAAAGGUUGAGUGGCGAAGGACCAAAGAUCGUCAACCGUUCAACGGCGUCAGACUCUCCCGACCUUACGUACCGUUGGGGGAAGCCUGCGAAAGAAGGCUGGGUCCUGGGCUGGGUCUGUCGAACCUGGGCCAAAACGAACGUCGCGCACAUGGACUUGUCGGGGCGAACCGGGGCAAAGGGGGGGCGAUCACCAGCAGACGCUCGCAUCCCAAGGGAACCCACGAUAAUACAACCAAAUAAGAGCACCAGGAACUCAGAAUCUCAAAGGGAAGAAGCAACACAAAAUGGCGUCGCUCACACCCUUCGGAAACGCGACAGCGGGUGCCUUGGGUGCUCUAUCCGCAAACUUGGCCGUCUUUCCGCUCGACGUGUUCAGACCAAGGAACUGAAAAGCUUGAACCCGGAUCAGCACUAUAAUUCUGCCAUUGAUGCCUUCAUGAAGAUUCUCAACACAGAAGGACCAGCCGGCCUCUACGCUGGGCUUGGUGCCGGCUUGUUCGGAACAGUAGCGAGUGCAUUUUCCUACUUCUAUUUCUACUCUUAUGUUCGAGGGGCAUACCAGAAGAGAGUGUCUCCAGACAUCUCGACAGGCAUGGAGCUGAUAUUGGGAGCCGUUGCUGGCGCCUUGAGCCAGGUCACUACUUUGCCAGUAUCGGUGGUCACAACAAGACAGCAGACGGCAACAAAGGAGGAAAAGCUCACCUUCAUUGGCACGAUGCAAAGGAUCAUUCGUGAAGAGGGACCGGGUGGAUUGUGGAGGGGUCUGCAGGCGUCUCUCGUCCUCUGUGUGAACCCAGCAAUUACGUACGGGUCGUUUGAGAAGAUGAAGAAUAGUUAUCUGGAAAGGUCAGGGAACCCGAAUGGACGCUUGACGGCGGGUCAAACAUUCAUUAUCGGCGCGUUGUCCAAGGCUCUUGCGACCAUUGUCACUUACCCAUACAUUAUGGCCAAGGUGAAGAUGCAAUGGAAGCCACCAAAGCAUGUGCAGAACCUCAGUGAGAAGGAGCGAGAGGCUGUCACCUACAAGAGCUCAAUCGACAUCUUGCAGAAGGUUCUUGUUCGGGAAGGGCUUGCUGGGUGGUACAACGGGCUUCAACCCCAAAUCAUUAAGGCCGUCCUGUGCCAAGCGAUCCUAUUCGUAUCCAAAGACCAGUUCACCAUCUGGACUAUUCUCUUGUUCCGCUUCUUGACAAAGGCGAAGGGUCUAGGUCCGAAACUCGAUGCCACCGCAUAG